UAACAAUCGGAUCGCAACCCGUCGUCGUCGGCACAGCAGACAGGAGCACCACCAGCACCAGCACUAACAUACUUAAUAACAAAUAUAUACAAGUCAAUACCGUGGCGCGCCUCUCUUCUUCCUUUCUUUCUCAUUAACUCACCCCUUCUUUUCUCCUCACCAUUAUUACUUUUUUUUCUCGCUUUUCCCUUUCCCUUUCUCUUUUCCACUUCUUCCUUCACUCUUCCUUGGAAUCAUACGCACAUAUCAAGGGAAACGACUUUUAAUCUCUGCAUUCCACACUCGACAUUGCCCCCCCCCCUUAUUUUUAUACUCGUCAUUCUUUCGACAUCUGGUACCGAAUCGGUUCUCCUUUGCCCCCUCCCCCAGACAAUUAGCAAAGACAACGACCGGCUCACUCUCACCUGGCUUCUUUCUACUAGCUCUUUACAACCAUGCUUGAUGGCAAAUCUAACAAUGCAUCUCUACUGCUGGGGAACAACCAUACUGUCUACUUGUCCAAUCUACGUGCUUACCAGCAACAAUCGCUACGAUCCACAAAUAAUAGUCCAGCAACCACUGCAACAGGAGCGACAGGAACGACAGGAGGAGGAGCCACCACCACCACUAAUAAGCGGGCUUUACCAACUAAUCAUCCCCUGAACACCACCACUAAUAACAACAACAACAACAACAACAAUACGGCGCCUCCUCCACCUCCUUCGUCUGUUCCUGUGCAGCCCUCGUUGUAUCAGCAGCAACAAGCCAAACGUCUGCAAUACUAUCACACACGCCCACCAGUCUAUGUCGGUAACCCGUCCUUUGGAUUGCAAGACUUUGAAUUGCAGGAUACGUUAGGAACCGGCACCUUUGGACGAGUGUACCUGACAAGGUUCAGAACCACCAACAAAUACUAUGCAAUGAAAGUUCUAAAGAAAUCCGAAGUAGUACGGCUCAAACAGGUCGAGCAUCUGUUGUGGGAAAAACAGAUCUUGGCGUCGGUCCGAUUCCCGUUCAUUGUCGAUCUGUUUUGCGCAUUCCAAGACAACACCAAUCUCUACAUGCUGCUAGAGUAUGUUGUGGGCGGCGAACUCUUUUCACACUUGCGACGAGCAGGUCGAUUCACCAACGACAUGACACGUUUCUACGCCUCUGAAAUUGUACUCGCUAUCGAGUACCUCCACUCUAAAAACAUUGUCUACCGCGAUCUGAAGCCAGAAAACCUGUUACUGGAUCACAACGGGCAUAUCGUCUUGACAGAUUUCGGAUUCGCAAAGCAGAUCGAUGAUCGGACAUGGACGCUGUGUGGCACGCCAGAAUAUCUGGCCCCUGAAAUCAUUCAGAGCAAAGGACACGGAAAAGCUGUUGAUUGGUGGGCGUUGGGCAUCUUGAUUUUCGAAAUGUUGGCUGGCUAUCCUCCAUUUUUUGAUGAUAACUCGUUUGGCAUCUAUGAAAAAAUCUUGGCAGGACGUGUACAGUUUCCAAGUCAUUUCGAUGCACUUGCCAAAGAUCUCUUGAAACGGCUGCUCGUCGGCGAUCGGACAAAACGAUUAGGCAAUCUCAAGGGUGGUCCAGAGGAUAUCAAGCGACACAAAUGGUUUAGAGGCGUGGAUUGGAUAGGCCUCUUGGACAAGACUGUUCGGGCACCGAUUGUACCAAAAUAUCGUCACCCUGGUGACACUGGCAACUUUGAGAAAUAUCCUGACACUAUUGCGACGGAUCGAAACCCAUCGGCUGACGGAGAAGACCCAUACAAGAAUCUGUUUGUCGACUUCUGCACAUCCUCGUCUUCACCAUCUUCACCAUCCUCUUGAACAGACAAAGAAGAACACGCUCCACACAUUCAUCCAUAUCUCCCUUUCAUGAUAUAUCCUCAGCUACUUCGUUUAAAUUAGUACGCAACAACAAUAACCCUUUUAUUUUUUUCGUUAUCUCCUUCUUCUACUCCAAUAUCGCUGUUUAUUUUCUCUUCUACGCAUUAUCUUUCCUUUUUUUUUCGUUUCUCUUACGUUUAUCCCCAACCCCCACCCCACGCCAUUUCUACUGAAUCAUGUAUCUUCUACUAUCCUUUCAUCCAUCCCCGUCAUCUUUCUCUUUUCUUUUUUAAUGAAAUUUGCAUCUGAAAAUACCGCAUACUCAUAAUUCCCUUUCUUCUACUUCUUCAUUGUUCUUGCAUAAAAUCCAUUUCGCUACU